GUCAUAACAGUUGGGCCGCAAGGAUUGCUGUACAAUAAUAAUAUAUGGAGGAGGAAUAUUAGUCAACUCUGCUAAUAUGCAAGGAGAUCCUUUAACAAAAACCGGAAGGCGGUAUACGCGUCCCGAAAGCCGAAAUGGUUUGCAAGAUGAGUACCUGUCGCUGAAUAUUCCUCGUCGAACGGCCUACUCGAAUGUCAAGCAGCCUCAACGCUCCAGCUCAGCAGCCGGAUCCGCUGCCCACGGCACGCUCUACGUUUCUCCGCAACACCAGUAUACCGAACAGCAGCAAGCUGGACGUAGCGAUACCGCUUUGUCGCAAUUCUAUGCGAAUCAAUUGGAUUCAACCAGGAAUACCAGUACUCCGUCGAUUUACUGCGAUACGCCAUCAACAGCCACUGCUUAUGCAUUGCCAAAUGCAGAAUCCAAUUCAAAUGGUACAGCGCCUGAUUUUUCAAAUGAAGCAAAGAUAUGCGUGAUGGAUACAAAUGGACAAUAUGAUGCUGGACAGAUGUGGUAUAAUCAGCCACAAAUGAGCGAAUCUCUUAACAUCACGCAUAUGAAUCAGGGAAAUCAAGAUGGAAUGAUAUAA